GACCUUGCGGCUGCCGCGGCCGCCAUGGGCACGGUGCCGUCGGCGCUGAAGCACUGCCUCAGCUACCAGCACCUCCUCAAGGAGCAGCCGUGGAUCGGCGAGCCGGCCGCGGCGCCGCAGCCCGCGCAGGAAUCUAAAACAGCUGGACUGCCUGAAUAUGUGAAGAUAGUAGAAGUCGGGCCGAGGGAUGGCUUGCAAAAUGAAAAAGUCAUAGUCCCAACUGAUGUCAAAAUUGAGUUAAUCAAUCGGCUUUCUAAAACAGGCUUGCCUGCAAUUGAAGUGACCAGUUUUGUUUCAUCCAAGUGGGUUCCUCAGAUGGCAGAUCAUAAAGAAGUAAUGAGAGGCAUUGAGCGUUAUCCUGGAGUCCAAUAUCCUGUUCUCACACCUAAUCUUCAAGGCUUUCAUUCUGCUAUUGCAGCAGGAGCUACAGAAGUUUCAGUAUUUGGUGCAGCAUCUGAAUCUUUUAGCAAAAUGAAUAUUAAUUGUUCAAUUGAAGAAAGCAUAAACAAAUUUCAAGAAGUUGUUAAAGCAGCAAGAAAUAUGAAUAUUCCAGUGCGUGGGUAUGUGUCAUGUGUGCUGGGAUGCCCAUAUGAAGGAAAUAUCACACCAAUUAAAGUGGCAGAAGUGUCCAAACGUCUGUACAGUAUGGGCUGUUAUGAAAUAUCUCUGGGAGACACAAUUGGCGUGGGGACUCCUGGAAGUAUGAAAAGGAUGUUGGAAGCUGUAAUGAAAGAAAUUCCUCUGAAUGCUCUUGCAGUUCACUGUCAUGACACUUACGGCCAGGCAUUAGCCAAUAUCCUCACAGCCAUACAGAUGGGAGUUGCUGUUGUGGAUUCAUCUGUUGCAGGACUGGGUGGUUGUCCCUAUGCAAAAGGUGCAACUGGAAAUGUGGCCACAGAGGAUGUGAUAUACAUGCUUAAUGGUUUGGGGAUCAAUACUGGAGUAAAUCUUUACGCAGUGAUGGAAGCUGGGAAUUUCAUCUGUACAGCUUUGAACAAGAAAACAAACUCAAAGGUUGCACAAGCUUCCUUCAAAUAUUGAAAGUGUCAAUUAAAUGAAAUAUUUUUACAAAUUAAUUUAAUUUGUCACCUACUUUUACCAAGGACAUUUAUAUUAAGAAAACAAAUUCAAGAAAACAUCUCAGUAGAAAACCAAAACAGCCCAGAUGUAACAUCUUAUUAUGGGAAAGUUUGCUGUACUCUAGUGUCUUGUCAAGCAUUGUCUGAUUUGCAAGUAAGAAAUAAAUGACUGCACUACAGAACCAUAUGCUUGGUACUUCUACAAAUGAGAAAAUGUAUACUGUCAGGACAUUUUGCCGUAUAUUUAAAUUAAAUGUAAGGGGUUUUUUUUUGAAAAAAUGGUUAGAAACAGAGAAUAAAUAGUUAUCUUUUGUCAAGAUGACUUUAGAACAGUACAAAUAUUUGCAGUAGUUUAUGAGAUCCCACAUUCUGUGUGGCCUUUCUAUUAUGUGUUUUAUUUAUUUGGACCUAUGCUUUUCAUUUGUCAAAUCAGUCAUGUUGUGAACAUGGAGCCAAAUCUGAAUUCAGCGUAAGAAAAUUUUAGCAAUAGCACUUUUAUACUUUUAUUUUGUUUAACAUAUGUUAAAUAUAUGGAUGACUUUAUCUUGUACUAGGACUUCAUGGUGAACGGCAGCCUGCCAGAUCUGCCAAAUCUAAUGCCAAUAUCSUUAUUUGUUACAUGUGUUAAAUUUGUUGUAGUUGCCUUUUCCAUCAACUGUGUUAAAAUCUGAUUGUAUGAAGCAACUAAAAAAUGGCAAGGUUUCAGUCAUCAUUCAGCAUAGCAGUAAUGUAGAAUAGACUAGAUUUUUGUCCAAAAUCUUAUCAAACAUUUUGACUUUUCAUUUUAUAAUCUCGCUUAUUAUAAAUUGUGAAUUUUUGAACACGAUAAUACUCUGCAGGCCUGUUUACACAGUGAGAACUACCAACAGUUUUUCUCUGUGGUCUUCUUAUGAUGGAGCUGCUGUACUUUUAAAUGUCUUAGUUUGGGUUGAUGGUAGUGGAAAGCUUGUCAUUUAAAUAUCAAUAAUGGAAAAAGACAAAAAAAAAAGUCAUCAUCUCUAUAAACUGUUCAAAUACUGCAUGAAAAAACUUUUAUUUUUCAACCUGAAAAGUCAGUACUGUUGUUGAUUGAUUGUGUUUUAUCCUUCAGUAAUUCCCUGUGUGCUUAACCCUAAUCUGUAGUUCUUCUGAAAAUAAUCUGUUAACAUAGAAGUCCAAAACCAAGGACUAUUAUCUCUUUCCACAUAUUCCGUUUUCCUGUGAAAUAAAGUUUGGAAAAGGUAAGAUGAAAGAAAAUGAAAGAGAACAUGUAAAGAAGGAAAAGGUUGAAUGAUAAUUGUCUGGAACUCAGUUCUGCCAAGCUAUAGCUGAGUCUUAGCUUGCCUUUGAAAUUCCCCAGUGAACCUUUCCUGAAAUCUUUUAGCCAAUGUUGUAGUUUAGAAUCAGCACAGUUUAAGAAAUUCAAACUUGGCAUGCUGCGCAAUUUAAAGCUAGAAGUUUUAAUAUAUUCCCUAUUUAUGCUGAAAAACAAGUGAAAUAGUGAAAAACAAUCUAACCUACAUUGCUUCACUCUUCUCAUGGUAAGAGCUAAAGACUAAGCAAAGAGUUCCUUCUUAGAACGAAAAGGAAAUAUCUUGUCUAUCAACCCAAAAUGUUAAAUCUCACCCCUUCUUGAAACAUCUAAUAAAAAGACUUAUAAGGUCUCUGAAAAAAACAUGAAGACCCUGAGUUGCUUCAUCUGCUCUGGAUGCAUAGCUGGAUCAUCACAGAAAAUGCUCCACCCUUGCUUUCCCAAGAUUUAAUAGGUCUUUUUGAUUUAGCAGUCACUAUGGUCCUUCUAUAAAAUGUGAAGUUCAGUGUAGCUGGGUCUUGAGCUAUCCAUAGAUUUGAAAAUUUUGUGAUAGAUUAAAUUCAAUAAAGUGAAGAAUCCACAGCAUUACUUAGCCCAGUGGUUAGUAGACAGGCCUAAAUGAGAUGCCAGAAUUGGUAUCUAAAAACUCUCUAAUUCAGAUGCCGUUUUCCCCUGAAGGUGUCUGACCUCACAAUAACACUCCUCUUUGUAAUUUCUUCAUCAGUUUGCUUCUGUGCACCCAAAAUUAGUUCAUACUGAACUGAAGUAUCCAUUGCACUGGUGAGGCCUGAGGAGUGUUUUUCCAGCCAAGAACUUAUGAGUUUGUUUAUCCCACAUGAGCAGGAUUGAGCUUAAUAAAUAUUGGUUUUCUUAGAAAAAUAAGUAGUGCAACCUACCUUGUAAAUAUUAGCCUGAUUAUUCAACUAAACAAUUGAAGAUCUGAGAUCAGCUUGAGGGAGUUUAAACAUACAUUUUUUGGUACUAUAAUGGAUCCAACCACUAUGUAAUAUACAGAAUUGGAAAAAAAAAAAGCACUUAAGCACUUUCUAAUAAAUCUGGAUAAAUUUGUGCCACUAUGUAGGGCUGAAAUAAACUGAUAUUGUCUGCUUUUUUUAGUAAAUAUUAUAACUGCAGCAUUUUCUGUAAAAGUGACUUUUGCACUACCACCCAACUUCUGCUUUGGAAUAGAGAAUCCGUUUGAGACUCCUUUGAGAGAGGAGUUCUAGAUGACUGUAUAUGAACUUACUGUCUUUGGCUCUAGGGGACCCUUAAUCUCUGGAGAAGUUUUCAGAUGUAUCUCUGUGAAUACUACUAUAUCAUAGCCUUCUCUGUGUCUGGACUGUCCAGUUUACAUUUCUAAAAGACUUGAUUCUCCAUAUGCUCUGAAACUGGAUGCCUACUUCAUCAUUGAGAUGAACAGCUUGAAAUGCCUCAGUUAUUGAGUCUAUUCUAGAAACUACUUGGGAGUUUGUGAAGAUUUAGGUUCAAUUCUGUUAUUAGAUAAUGAUGUGAGCAGUGGAAAAGAUGAGCAGUCACAUCUGGAUCCUGUACUUUACAAUCACAUUCAGCUUAAACCUCAUAGUGAGUUACUGUAAUUCAGGGUGGAGGUCACAGACAGUUUGUCAAGAUCAUUACAAAGGAGGAAGAAACAUAGAGCCAAAUUCAAAAAUACAUUUAUGUGCCAAAAGUGCCACCUGGGAUGAAUUUAGUCUGUGGGUCCAGGUGAGCAAUCUCCACAAAAACCUUCUCUACUUGUAAUGUAGCUAAAAAUCACUAGACAUCUCAUGUUGUCACUACUAAAGAUUGUUAGGCACAUAAAGUUCUACCUCUGCCUUCUCGGAGCAAUGUUGUUCACCUUUUUAAGCAUCAUAACGCCUCAUCUUUGGCUUUACAAAGUAGACAUAUAUUAUCCUUUAGAUCUAAAUCCAGCAGUUGUGCCAUGAGUGUGCACUAUGCACAUAGGCAGCAAGGAGUUAAGCACACAGCAAAGCAGCUGAGACUACGUCUAUUCAAAAGUAUGGUCAGAGCCAUGACUGAUGUGAUGGUGCCACUGCUCUCCAGUGCUUCUGACCUUUUAAAUCUCUGUGUUUACCUUCAGU